AUGAACGCUACCAAGAUCCUCCAGCAGGGCCGCCAGCCCAUGAUCCGCUUCCUGGGCAAGCGCGUCACCCCCAGCCAAAUCGACCACUCUCCCAAAGUCCACCCAGCCUCCCCCAACCAGGCUCUGCCCGAGUCGUUCGCCAGCUACCGCCAAAAGGCUCAGCAGCACGGCCCCCUCAACCAGAGCAAAUUCGCGACCGGCCAAAUUGGCGGUGUUCCUGGAAGCUCCCUUGGCCCCAUCGAGGCUGGCAAGGGCAACUACUUCGACCGAUCCGAGCUGCCAAAGCGCUUCCAGCGUCUGGCAUGGACCCAGGCCGAGAUUGACGCUGUCGAGUCCGGCGGCGCCAGCAUGUUCGCUUGAAUGCCCCGAUGCGCAUCUGCUGCGCCGGAACGUGGCGGAUGAAUCACACAAUAUCUAUUUAACAUAUAUAUGCAUGGCGCUUCGCAUUCUUGGGAAUCAGUGGCGAUGCAGAAGGCAAGGCUUGUGUUGAUUUGAGUCAACGGCCCGAGUGCGAGGAUAGCACCGAAUCGGCCAUACGAGUGGACGGAGUGACAAUGGCACUUGCGGGAUUGCGGGGUGCAUGGCGCCUACUUUUAUUUUGAUACCCACCAGACGGGUUACGGGCAAGCAUCACCAGAUUGCUGGGGGAUGAUCAUGUCGGGCGGCUGAUUGACUUACCGAUUGACUGAUUGAUUGAUUGACGGACUCUGUACUGGACCUUCUUCUAUGACUAGAACAACAAGCACGAUAAAAUUCAACAUUAUUCUCAAAUUUUCACUUUCUCUACUGUGUUCUCAUGCCUGAGUGUACGAUCGACGCUGUGAAACGACACUCUACCCACGGCAAUCCGAUAUCGCCCGUCCGUCUUACCAACCCACCCAGAACCCCUCCCUAAAAAUCAAUCACGCCAUCAUCACGCACGCUCAUCAAUUCAACAGUCCAAAUGUCCAGUUCCAAAACCAUUGCGCUUCGCUGGGGCGAUGACAGUUUGACAAUCCACAUUGAUGCGAUCACACCAUCAUCGAAUCUCCCCACAAAUGGGUUUAUCAACUUUUACUUUUUUUUUCUUCACAUGGAGAAGAAAGCAGACUAGCUAGCCGAACCGACCGGACAACCGAAUCAACCCCCACGUGGUUCUGCUCCGAAAUUCCGUGUGUAACAUGACAUGUAGUGUAUACGACUACGCGUGAACAGCGUCAAUUGUUACACAGCGGGGUAGAUCAGAUAACGUGAGAUAUGGUGAAUGCGAGUGGUCUACUGAUCACGCAAUUCGCAAGUUUGACAUUUUCCCCAUGUGAUGUACUACACUUCCCCGGACUAAGUUCUUCGGCCCAAACAAUGAAAAAAUUCGUGAUGUGUGGGAUAGACAAUGCGUGUGGGGGGCUAACGUUGGGGUUGGAGAAUUGGGGUAGAAUGAGUUUUCCGGGUCCUUUUUCCACAUCAUCCACCCACCCACCUUUGCCCCCGCGAUGAUGAUCCUAGGAAAUUGGGGACCCCCCAAAAGAAAGAAGAGAUUUCGCAGAAAAAAAUUCGCCACAACAUAGACAAAUAGAGUGCCUAGUUAGGUAAAGAAAAGGGCCACAGGGAACACACCACUACUACCUACACCAACAUCGCGAUCUGGCUGCUCCCUCAACCCAAGUAGUUCUCCACACCCUUGAGGCGUCCCUUAGGCAAGCCCCGACUAAAGAUUUGACGUGCCGCGAACGGAAGUAAGAAAGACGUGAUUAAAUUAGCAAAUACUAACGAGGUAGGCCGACACGAUUACCAAAUUAAAUCAAAGUAAGAAUGCUACCUGAGUACUUAUAGGAUUACUUAGUAAGCUGCAGUACAAUUGUAGUCAACUUCUCUCAACACCACCAACUAUAGGCACUAGAUUUAUGGUAUCCAACUGCUGCUUAUCAAGGUAAAGGAUAGAAGGGUGUGGCUCCCCUACUCCAACACUUCGCUCCAGCAGUUUACACCAAAGCUUUGGAGAUCCACCUACGACUAAUAAUGACGCCUUCUCAUCGCAAUACGCAAUGUAGGGCACAUCCAGCGU